ACGUUCGACGUUAUACAUCUUACCCAUUUAAUAUAUCCGUAAUGUCUUGGUUAUUUGGGUUUAAUAGGAAUUCUCCAAAUGUUGAACAUAAGCCAACUUUUGUAUCAACUCCUACAGAAAAUUAUGAAUCUAAAAUUAAUUCAAACAAAGGCAUGGAAACCUACCGCUUUGAUUCUUCAGCAUUAGAAAGAGCCGCUAAAGCUGCAAAAGAGCUUGAGUAUUCAAAAAAUGCUAAAGAAGCCUUGGAAUUAGCUAAAGCCCAAGAGUUGACAUGGCAAAUGGAACAUCAAAAUAAGAUUAAAGAAUAUGAAUUGAAUAUUGAGCAAAUGAAGAUAGAGCAGCAAAAAAUUUACUAUGAGGAAAAGCAUAAAUUGAUUGCGGAAGAAACCAAACAGAGCCAACAAAGGGCACAAUAUCAAGAUCAAUUAGCUAGAAGGCGAUAUGAUGACCAAUUAUUGCAGCAGCAAAAAAUUAAUAGGGAGAAUCUAACAAGGCAAGAAGAGUCUGUUCAAAAACAAGAAGCAUUAAGAAAAGCCACAAUCGAUUACGAACUUGAAACUAAGCACGAGAAAGAAAUGGCAAGAGUAGAAGCUCAAGCCCGGGCAAAAGCCAAGGCCGAAAGGGAAAAUAGAGAUUUAUUUCUGGAGCGCCUUAGGGUUCAAGCUCAAGAACAAAGGGUUACCACACUAGAAUCUAUUAAAUCUGUGACGAGUAUACUAGGUUCCGGAUUCAAUUCUUUUAUAUCGGACUGGAAUAAAAUCAUAGCUGCUGCCGGUGGUAUCACUCUAUUAGCUUUAGGAGCAUAUUCGGCUAAACAUUCUACGCAGGUGAUGGGCAAAUAUAUAGGAGAUAGAUUGGGUAAACCCUCACUUGUCAGAGAUACCUCAAGGUUGGCCGUCACUGAAAUAUUUAAGCAUCCCAUCAAAUAUAUCAAACGUCUAUGCAGCCGAGCGGAAAAUGCAUUAUCCGGUGUCAUAUUAAGUCCGAAAUUGGAAGAGAGAUUAAGGGAAAUAGCCAUAGCUACCAGGCAAACCAAAUCUAAUUCGGGCCUUUAUAGGAAUUUGUUAUUUUACGGAUCACCUGGGACUGGGAAAACAAUGUUCGCCAAAAGUUUAGCAUUACAUUCUGGUAUGGACUAUGCUAUAAUGACUGGUGGUGACGUUUCUCCUAUGGGACCUCAAGGGGUAUCUGCGAUACACAAACUUUUCGAUUGGGCGUUGACUAGUAAAAGAGGAUUAUUGUUGUUCGUUGAUGAAGCGGAUGCUUUCCUCAAGAAACGCUCAAAAGAAAUCAUUAGUGAAGAUUUGCGAAGCUCUUUGAACGCGUUUCUAUAUAGAACCGGUGAACAUUCUAACAAAUUUAUGCUCGUGUUGGCUAGCAACACUCCCGAGCAAUUCGAUUGGGCUAUUAACGAUAGAAUUGACGAAAUGCUAAAAUUUGAUAAUCCUGGAUUGCUGGAACGGGAAAGAAUGGUUUUAGCCUACUUUGAUAAAUACAUUAUCCAGACUUGUUUAAAUAACAAGAGAAGGAAACUGAAGUUAGCUGACUUUGAUCACGUUAAGAAAUGUGGCGAGAUAGCCGUCAGAACCCAAGGGCUUUCUGGCAGAGAAAUCUCAAAAUUUAUUGUAUCCUUACAAGGCAUGAUAGAAAUGCACAGAAUGAUAUUCAAGUUGAAGAUAAUGGGCAAGCAUUCAGUUCUUAUAUAGCUAAAUAGCUCGAAAACAUUCCCUUCCAAAGCAACGAUUAUAACAUUAGUAAUAUAGGACAAGAAUGCCACAUUUUUCUCAGCCAACAUAAUAUCCCAGAAGAGGAUGCACAUUAACCUUUUGGAAGAAAAAGCGACGGAAACUUCAUAGGCUUGCUAAUUUAGCUAGGAAUGUUUUUUGUAUACCUUGCCACCAGUACACCCAGCGAAAGAAUUUUUUCCAUUGCUUGAUUAAUACUCAAUGCUAAAAGGACUUCUUUAUGUCCCACAAA